AGCGUUAGUCCGCCAUUCUUCGUCCGGAGGAAUAGGAAGAUGUGAUCCAAUUUAUUAUAGUUAAUUGAUCAUUCUUGUACAUUCAACGCUGCGUUUACCGCUAAAAAUCCAAGUUUCUAUUUACCAAAAUCAUCAAUGGACUUCAACCGGAUUGAAGCUGAGGAGAGGCAUAUCUUUAAGCUAUGGACGCUUUGCCGUGUCUGCGGCCAAGCUGGAGAGAAGUUACAGUACUGCUUAGAUAACUACAAUGAUCUACUCCAUGAGCUGUAUUCCCUCGACACCAGUAAGGAUGACCCUGCCAUUCAUCCACAGAUGGUCUGCCAGAAUUGUCGCGUGACCCUCCAGCCUUAUCUAAAGAAGGUCCCAAAGUCAAAGAUUGGUAAGGCACGCUUGCCAUCUCUCCCAGCAUUGUACACUUUCAAGAGACACAGUGAGGAGUGCGAUGUUUGUGACCGAGCCUCUGGCUUGCUGCCCAAGAGGAAACUCUCGAUGGAUUUGUUAGAGGUCUCACUCUCCAAGGCACCGAGACAAGAUGCUGGUCCUGAGGAGGGCGAUGGGGUAGUUGGCAACGCUUCAGCACAGAGUAAAGGAAGCCUUGAUGAGCUAGGAGCGUCACAUGAAUCGGACAGAGCUCAAGUCCUUCUUCAAGCUAUCCAGGGGGCCAUUGGGGAAGAAGUUACCAUCGAUAACGCAGACGAGGUGAUGGACAGACCUGAUGAACAAGAAGGCUUUACUAAGUACGUCUACCUCAACAUGAUCCGCAGGUUCAAAGCUCGUGGUAUCAAAGAAGACAAGACUCGUUACAGUGUCGACGUCAGUCGUUUUAGACAGAAAAACUUUGCGUCCACUUUCCUGACCUGUUCACUCUGCAAACGUCUCCCACUAAAACCAGUGACGACCGAGUGUAAGCACGUCUUCUGUGAGACCUGCAUCAGUGAUUGGUUAAACUUUGGUAAUGUGUGUCCCAAAUGUGAGGAGGUGAUCGUGGAACUUUCUGAUGCUUCCGAACAACUGAAACACCUGUACCUGCUCCUAGACGCCCCUUGUUCUUUUGCCAGCAAAGGAUGCGAAAUGAAACUAACACCAUUUGAAAUAAACAAACAUGAAAAGGAAUGUCCGUACAGCGGCAAAACAGACCAGUCGGACUCGAGUGAUGAGGACGAAUCAGAGCAGCAGGAAUCGGUAGAAAACACCGACAAGUUUCCUCCUCGAAAGAAGAAGUCCUUGAGGUUUGUCACACAGAGAGUGGCCACAAGUAGAACAGAAGAACUAACAGAGUUUGUGGAGAACAUGUGCGCAGCGGGCACGGAAGACAAGGUGGAUGUUUUAUUUUACAUGCUAAAAGAUGCUCUGUUUGAUUGCGAAGACCCCCGUGCUAAGGAUGUAGAUUUUCUAUGGCGAAAUAAGCGGAAAUCGUUGCUGAUCAGGCCAAAAGGACGACGGGCGGCUGCACCAAUUCCUCUACCGAGGCCCCAGAGACAAGUCAGUCGGAGAAAGGGUACUCCUAGGAAGAGGGGUCGACCAAGAAAAAUAGUUGAAGUGUGUGUGGCCAGUGAUCCAGAUCUUGACGAAGAAGCCCAAGAGGUUGAAGAUGACAGAGAAGACACGGAUGCAACUUGGAAACCACCCUCUGGUGUUGGGAGGAGGCAAGGGGGAGGUGACACAGAAGAAUCAAUGGAGGAAGAUGGAGAUAAAGAAAAGGAAUCAGAGACAAUUAACUCUAGCGAAACAGAGACUGGUGCGGACCAGGGGAUCACCAAUACUAACAUUCUUGUUGUGCAAGUUGUCGAGGAGAGUGCACAAGGAACAGAUGGACCAUCAGUCAGUAUUUUGUAGAUAGUCUUUUACACUUUCAUUGCUCUGCUGGCCACCAAAUUCUGUGCUAGCAAUCACCAUGCUAAAGGGCAAGCGCCAAAUUUCUGUGUUAGCAUUGUAAGCGAAGAGUGUCUAAUAACGUGGAGUAUGCAUGUGCACAGGCAAACCUCUCCUGCUAACCUGUGAAAUUUUUCAUAAAACAACGCCAAAUUGAGCUCAAACAUUUCUAAAUGAGCUGAGAUUAGUGACAACUGGGGAAAAAUCGCUGCACAAAAAUGUUGUUUUCUAUUUUUAAAAAUGAUUUUCUAUUUGAAAAAUAAUUUCAUCUCUUGAAGGUACAAUAAGUGGAGGGAGGCCAGAGUAUUGGCAUUGUAUAUGGGGCUAUGGUAGUAGUGCUACAAAACUUAGCUUGCUCCUGUGGGAAAAAGUCCAAUGAACAAAGACUUCUUCCAUGUUUGAUCAUUUGGUAUGGAUUUAAUUGCUCGCCUAAAACUCCUUUUGUAAUCAUAUUUUGAUAUAAGUUUGUAUUGUGAGUCUGUCUGUAAAAAUCGCUUAGGGUUUUGGUGUGCUUUCCAUGAGUUAUGUUAUAAAAUUUGUUUGAAAAAAGGGGAAUUUGCUAUUUGAAAAGCUUGUUAAAUGUAAUUACUGCCAAAUAAAAAGUCAGGCAAUUGUGUAAAAAGA